AUGUUGAACCAUUGCAAUUUAAACAAGAAUAAUGACAAUCUAAAUAAUUAAAAAUAAUACUUUAACAAAUAGGAUUACUAAGAUUUUAAUAAGUACUAAUUAGAGCUCCUGAUAAUUUAUUUUAACAUAAACAAGUGUUUCCCUGUAAAUAACGAUCUGUUUUACAAGAAAGACAAUUAUCUGGAGUAGUAUUACAAUUUAAACAGUAAGGACUACAUUCUAGAAAGUAAAAUAAUUAAUUACAUUGGCAUUCUAAUUAUCCAGAAUCAUAAUAAUUGGUUUUACAUAAACAUUCGAAUAGAUCAUUUAAUAUUCUGUUGAU